GGGCGCCCACGGGCACACAGUUUUUCACUCCUGCGUCGGUUUCCCGCCUGCGGAGGUUUUGGUGCCGCAAUCAUGGCGGACUUAACGGAGUUGCCCAAGUCGCGCAUCAAUGUCAGCAUGCUCGCUGAGUUCAUCGACCAGCCGGUCUGCUUCUUAGGGAGGCUGGAAAAGAUUCAUCCCUCUGGAAAAAUGUUCAUUCUUUCAGAUGGAGAAGGAAAAAAUGGAACCAUUGAGUUGAUGGAGCCGCUUGAUGAAGAAAUCUCUGGAAUUGUGGAAGUGGUCGGAAGAGUAACAGCCAAGGCAACCAUUAUGUGUUCAUCUUACAUCCACUUUAAAGAGGAUGUCUCUCCUUUUGAUCUUGGACUUUACAAUGAAGCUGUGAAAAUUAUCCAUGAGUUCCCUCAAUAUUUUCCUUUAGCGGUUGUGCAGCAUGAUUGAUCUUGAUGACUUUUCUUUUGAUUGCAAAUUAGCUACAUAGAAGAUUAAAGGGAGUCCCCUUUUGUUUGAGGG